AUGCAGCCAGUGUUCGCUGCUGUCCCAGUCUCCUCAGCAGCAGCAACAGCAGCAGCAACAGCAGCAGCAAGAGCAACAGCAGCAGAUUUGUCGCCGCCGUCGCUCCAGACCCAGCAGCAGCAGCAGCAGCAGCAGCAACACCAGCAGCAGCAGCAGCAGCAGCAGCAGCAACAGCAGCAGCAGCAGCCAGCAGCAGCAGCAGCAACACCAGCAGCAGCAGCAGCAGCAGCAGCAGCAACAGCAGCAGCAGCAGCACAAGUUGCUGAAACUCACUGCAGCAAAACCCAGGGGAAGAACAACAACGCGGAUCUAGCAGCUGCUCGCAGCUGCCUCACCGCUGCCGUAGAUCCCGGGCCGUGCAGCAGCAGCAGCAGCAGCAGCAGCAGUAGCAGGAGCAACAGCAGGAGCAGCAGCAACAGCUGCUGCUGUGGUGCUUAA